AUCUAUUCGUCGAUUGCAAAAUGGAUUUUUCGAUAUGUCAAUGAUUAUUAUGAAUUGAUAGAUUUUUUCGAAUUGUAUUCUCAUUCCAAUGAUUGUCUGUACAAUGAUGAUCAAUUGAUCUAUUUUGGGAUUAAAUUCAAUAAUCCAUAUCUGGCUGCACGUGUUGUCGGCCGAAAUGGUCAAGUUAUCCGUUUGAUUCGACAAAUUACCGGAACUGAAAUCAUUUCGCCACAAUAUCAUCUAAAUCAAUGGAUGACUAAUAAUACUCGUCGACCGCCACAAUGUUCGCGGGAAUCAUUUUUGAUCAUUUCACGAAAUUCAUUUCGUAUCAGAUAUUCUAGCAUGUUGAUCAUUGCAACUGGCAUGUAUUUUCUGCAACGAUUUCGAGAUUUGAUCACACCGAAAAAUGGUGAAAUUUCAUGCCAAUUGCCUGUACCAUCUAAAUUGGUGCCAUUGAUACUUCGAAAAAAUGCAAUCAAAAUACUUCAAAUUCAAUGGGCAUCAGAUGUACGCAUUGUAUCACCUAAGCCAUAUUGUGUUCCUUGUGAAUUUUAUAUCAUCGGUGAACAGGUAAAUGAAUAUAUUAUUGUCUUUUAUUUUUAAAAUUUUAUAAUUCCA